UUGAAAUCCUAAUUUUUGGUAGUUCUCCCUACCAUUUUUAAUUCUUCCUAAUUUGAAUUUUGGGUACGGAUUCCGUGAUUGCGAUUUGCGAGCGCUGUGAAGCUGGGGCGGAUAAGAAGAUCGCCACCCCCGGAGGAACCAUCUGCUCGAAUCACACAUCUAGCUCUCAGGGGGCCCAAGCUAUCAGCGACCAUGGAGGACAAAAUCGCUGGACUGGAAAAACGAAUGGAGGAACAGAUUCGGAAAAACGAUAUGAAAUUCUCGGAGAUUCAACUGAAGUUGGAUACGCUAUUAAUGGUCCAACCGAAAAGGAGCGUAGAGGAAGAAACUCAGUCCAUACCUGCAUAUCACACGCACUCACGUGCAGAAACUUCAAACUAUCAUACAAACCUCCAAGAUCCAUCGUUGUUCUGCAAAAUGAAGUGGGUGCCACAGUCAGAAUUGUGUGUUACAAUGGAGGAGAAGGUGCAGUGUACAAAAGAGAAAGAUAAGGAGUUACUUCCCCUAGUGGAUAACUCCAAAUUGGAUUGGGAAACCAUAUCUGCCAAAUUGGAUACCUCCUUUAGGGAGCUGCCAAAUCUAUCCCUUGCACCUCAACGCAACUGUGCUUGGAAGAGGCAAGCCUUUUCUCCUAACCACCUAGAUCUUCCCUCAAAGAAACGCUGCACUGCUUUACAAGCCCUUGCCUCAUCAGUUAGAUCAAGGCUCCAGCAGUUUGCCGGGAUGAACAGAUUUAAAAAGAUGGCCUUAAGGGUAAUAGCUGAACAUCUUUCAGCUGAAGAGGUAGAAUUUAUCCAUAUUGCGUUCACUCUUUUGGAUACUGACCGUGAUGUAAGGAUUACACACAGUGAGUUGAGUGCUGGGCUAAGAAAGGUUGGUUCCCUGCUAGAUGAGCCGGAGAUCUUAAUGCUUAUGGAAGUGGCUGAUAUUGAUGGGAAAGGUUACUUGGAUUAUGGGGAGUUUGUGGCAGUGGCAAUCCAUCUACAAAAGAUGGAGAUUGACGAGCACUUUCAAAGAGCUUUUUGUCACUUUGAUAAGAAUGGAAGCAGCUAUAUUGAACUGGAUGACCUACGUGAAAGGUUGGCAGCCAAAUCAGGAGAACCUGAUGCCCAAAUUAUAAAUCUGAUCAUGAGCGAAGUUGAUACUGAUAAGGAUGGACGUAUAAACUUCAAAGAAUUUGUGGCAAUGAUGAAGACAUACUGAUUUGAGGGUGGGUGUCAGUGAUCAUAAAUUUUACGCUAUAUUGUAAAAUUUAUGUACUUUCAUGUUCCAAGUGUGCGUUUUGUGACAUACAUUGUUAGUUAUAUACACAUGAGAAGAGUAUGUUGUUUUUUGUUCAAUUGGAAGUGCAGUUGUGUUUUAACUUUUAAGUAUACACAUAUUUCAUCGUUAGUGCACAUUGGAAUUAACAAUGCAGAUCCCGUGAAUAUAAAGUCCUUUUAUUGUAAGUUUCAGUUUCCC